CUUCUCACGCGGUCCGUGUCGGUUCUUGGCGAAGCUCUGCGGUCCGAUUUUGGGUUUCGGGAUAUUGCGUUACGUCGCGAGUCACGACUACGUCGCGCGAGGUGGCAAAUAUUUUGGUCCGUCGGGGAACUUCCGGGUGUGGGAGCAAAAGGGAAAGAGAGAGAGGGCGCACCGGAAAUCGAAUCGACAGCGGGAAGAAGAAGAAUUUAAAGGUUGAUUGAAAAUUUGGUUGGGAUUAAAUUUUCGGUGGAAUUUGAAGGCUCGGCGUUCAUCGGAAAAGGGGGUUACUGGGCCACACAGCGGCGGUCAAGGUCCGGGAAGUGGUGAAAGUGCCGGGAGAUUUACGGAGCGUGAUGUAACAUCACAAAAGUGCCACUUGGCGUUCACUCUUACCGCAAAAGGUCGGAGCGUUGGUGUGGGGUUGGGCACAGAGGCGGGAGUGUUAAUUUGACACGAGUUUGUUUUUAAUUCUGAGUGCUGUGUCGAGUGUGGCAGUAAUUAAUGACAGCUCCCCGUGGGUCUUCUGUCUUUGCUAGUGUUUUCGACGAGGUGGGAAAAGUCUCCCCGGUGAAUUGACACCCGGAAAAUCAUCCUGCUGAGCAAAAGGUCGUCGCACAGAAGAGUGGGACGGUAAAUCAAAAAGAAGAAACCUCGACGCGACACGACACGACAGGUUGGGAAUCAGCUGGGAGCGCUGCAAGCACUGCUGGUGUCAUUAGUGAGCUUGCGGUAGAGGAGAAGAAGAAGAAGACUAAGAGGAAGGCGCUUCGUUUAGCGGCUUUGAAUGAAGACCUCUCCACGUGUGGACUGUGGGCACGUGUGGACAUAUGCAAAUGAAGUGCCACCGACCGCCGCACGCCGCCGCCCGUUCGGCCUCGUAAUGUGAUGUGACAUUAGUGUGGUGACGUCCCAGCGAGAGAGAGAGAGAGACAAAGCGAGCGAGUUGUUGGUCCUUGUGGCAGGUCCUCUCUAACCUGUCACCGCAGCCAGCACUGGAGGACAGCAGAGUGCAUCGUGAUAAUUUAGCAGCAUCAGCAGCAGUGUGUCAGUUGUGCGGAAAGUGUGCUUUUGGGGUCUAUUUCAAAAACGGUCGCUGGCACCUGCCACGAGUGUGUGUGUGUAUGUUUGAGUGUUUGUGCAAGAGGUCACGUGGUGAAGGGUCGACCCUGGGGUGGUCUGAGGCCAAGGCUAUUUAAGGGUGAAAUGCAGCACAUUUAGAAUAGUGUGGCGAAGGGAUGCUGUGCAGUGCAGUGCAGGUGCAUUGUUUGUCAAAGCGAUAAAAUGAUGCUGGUUUGGGCUUAAAAGUUUGUGCCAACGUUGUAUAACUCUGUGUGUGUGUGAUAAGUUUGGUGGGAAAAGUCAAACCAGAUGUUUGGAACCGCACACCCCACAGUGCAUAAUGCAGUUAUGAAAUUGUGAUUGAACAGCACAAACAACAAGAGGUUAGUUUGUCAGAAAGGCCGCAGCAUUCCACAACAUCAACCGCACCCGUCGAAAAAGCUCAUCAAGUGCAGAGAGAACGCUCUAAAAGUUGCGAAAAUGACGCUACCGUCGAUGGCUUCAGUAGCCCCACUGUAGUGAAGUGCUUCCGGUGCAGAACAAGUGCUGCCGCGGUAAAGGGAUGAGGCCAGGAAGGCAGUCUGAAGUGAUUGAUGAAUAAUUAAACUAGUGUGAAAACUGUGUUGUUCGCGCAACGGAACCGGCUUGCAGCUCACGGGGUUAGUUUGGGGAGUUCUGACAAAAAAAAGAACAUCGGAGUUGCCCAAAUUGCGACACAUAAAUCUAACGCUGGUUCGACUGCAAACCAGUGGGCUCGAUCGGGCACGGCAGUGACUUCAUCAUCAUCAUCAACCGGCGAGGUUCGGGUUGGGAACUGUGAUGAGAGACCACCAAGUGUUUCCGCUAGAACCGGCGGGUUGAACCGGGCGGCCGCGUUAUACGCCAGUAGUAGGUCAUGUGAAGCCCCUCGGCGCGGAACAAAACUUGUUUUUGCUGAAUAAAUUAUUUACCCCCCUUAAACACACACACAUCCACACACGACAUAAGCGCUCGUAAAAAAUAACCACUGUACGUCAAAGCGUCCGGAGGGUUCUAACCUCCAAAAAAGAAAAACAGAGACAGAAACCCCCUCGCACGAGGGACCCCUCCUAACCAACACAAAUACGCAAUAGGAUAGACCGGAACCACGGGUUCUAAAUUUCCCCGAGAAAAAAAAUAUCCGGACCGCGGUCACCACCGCCGAGGGUCGUAAAAAAGGGAUCAACCUCGGAGCGGGCAAGUGUUGGUUUUUUUUUCUCUAUUGUGGAAGUGAGCUCAACUCAGCGGAAGAGCCUCGACGGCAGCAGCUAAAUCUACAACAACAUAUCGGAAUACAGCAUCAACCAUAGCCAGUAGCAGCGAUGGAAACACGAAUAGGAUUACUGGGAUUACUUUUCUACUACUGCAUUGUGAUUGCCACUGUGCUAAACCUCAUCAACGGUGAGGUGCAAUCCUACUGGGAACAACCCUACUCGCAGCCCUACUUUGACAACAGUACCAAGCGGGAAGUGACCGCCACCGUAGGGCAGUCAGCGCUGCUGCACUGCCGGGUGCGGAAUCUAGGCGAUCGAGCGGUGUCCUGGAUCCGGAAGCGCGACCUGCACAUCCUGACCGUCGGCAUCCUGACGUACACGAACGACCAGCGGUUCCAGUCGCUGCACACCGAGGGCGGCGACGAGUGGACGCUGCGGAUUACUUCGCCCCAGCCCCGGGACUCGGGCACGUACGAGUGCCAAGUGUCGACGGAGCCCAAAAUUUCCCAAGCCUUUCGGCUCAGCGUCGUGGUGUCCCGCGCCAAGAUCCUCGGCAACGCGGAGCUGUUCAUCAAGAGUGGCAGCGACAUCAACCUGACGUGCGUGGCGCUGCAGUCGCCGGCCCCGCCCUCCUUCAUCUACUGGUACAAGGGCGGCCGGGUCGUCAACUACUCCCAGCGGGGUGGCAUCAGCGUCCUGACCGAGCGGCAGACCAAAACGAGCAAGCUGGUCAUCGCGCGGGCCAUGCCGUCCGACUCGGGCAACUACACCUGCUCGCCCAGCAGUUCCGACUCCGCCAGCGUGGUGGUGCACGUGAUCAACGGCGAGCAGCCAGCCGCAAUGCAGCACGGCAAUAGCAGCGCUAAUAGCAUUUUAAUAAAUAAGCAUCGUAUCAGCUUUGGCUUCAGUCUAGGGCCACUGACGGGGGACUCGCUGCCCCUGUCGCUGUUGGCCAGUAAAAAUUUCAUACUCUCAUUAACAUCGUCGUGGUUUUGUUUAAUGCUGCAAUCGAUGUGCCUGGUUGGUGCUUACAGGUGAUUUAUGGCUUAAAAAGGGCCUCACCUAGCUCUGUUUUUUUUAUAAUUUUGAAGCUCGGUGGUGUCGAAUAGCAGCACACAUACCGUGUAGGUUUUUUUGGUUGUUGUUUCGUGUCUGUGGUUGUUUUCUCAACCAGCACCAUUGUUUUGGUUUGAUGCUUUUAUGAGAUUCUAUGAAUUCAUCGGGUUUUUUGUAAACGUAACCUGAACCAGAUGAUGCUCUCAAGUGGAAGUUUGGGAACUUUUAUGCAGUCUCCAACAAAAACAAAAAAACAAAAACAACAACAACAACAAUAGCACACGCUCUCGUACACACAUACACUUUUGAUUACAGUAUAAAUUGGAAACGGAAAAAUCGCGAUGAAACACCAACACACCCAGAGAGUAUCAGACAAAUUUAUUGUGUACAGAGUAGAAAACAAUCUAGUGUAGAACAAGUUUGUUGAGAGCUGAGACUUAUAAGGGAGAAAGUUGCGUUUUGUUAAGGUGUCCCGAUUGAUUAACAUGUUCACAAAAGUUUUUCAUUUCAAAUUUUGUUGUGCCCCAUUUUCAGACAAAGGGGUAGGUCCUCUUUAUCGAUUAUAUUGGCAGAAUAAGCACUUUUUAAUUGGAAACUUUGAUGAAACCUUUUCUCUGCUGUUCUAGCAAAAGCGUGGUUGAGUUUUCAAAAGAACGCAAGAUAGGUAUAGUGUACACCGUGAUCUUAGACAAAAAAAUAUUUUAAAAAAAUACAAAAGUGAACUUACAAUUGAAAUGUUUUCUUGAGAAAUUAUGGUAAAAAAGCCCUUUAUGAAUUGAUGCCAUCAAUUUAUUUAUUUCUUUCUAGACAUUUAAUCAAUUCUCAGUGUUAAAUCUUUUUUGAUUGGUAUAUAACUUUGUCCAUCAAUUCCUUAUGUUUCAAAAUAUCUAUUUUACAUCAUUGAAAUCUUCUUAUAAAUUUGGAGGCUGUCCAUACAAGAGUGCUAUGAAAAUACUUGGAAUACAGUACACGGUAAAAAAUGAGUGAAUUUUGAAAGUGUAAUAUUAGAAGGUAGACUAUUACCUCUUUUAUCAAGUAAGCAAUUCUGAGAGAUUUCGGUCAUUCGUUUUUUUUUGUAUUGUUUAAUCCGGCUGAAACUUUUUUUGUGCCUUCGGUGUGCCCAUCUGUAUCUUUUGAAGGAAUUUAUUGAUCGAUUUGGUGUCUUCGGCA